CGCGCUGAGGAUGUGGUGGGCAGGAAACGCCGUGCAAGAGCAAAGCACAGACACGAUCACGCUACUUCUUCCCAGCAGCAGCGUUUGCACAAUACAGUGCGAUCAAAAUGCGCUUUAAUCCGCCACGCUGAUGUCCAGGAGCGGUAGGAUCCGUCUCCGCGGCCGUCGCAGAGGAUUUGCCGGUUUGGGGCUUGACUGCUAGCCGUGCGAGAGGGCAGCCUUCCCAGCCUGCUCGCUCUGAAAACAUCGGGGCUGGUCAGCGGGUGGGAGAGAGAAAGAGAGAGAGAGGAGGCUUCGUCGCCGAAAAAAGGAGGUGUCUGCUUUUUUUCCUUUUCUCCCCCCUUACAUCACCCACCCCAGCCAUGAGGGAGUACAAAGUGGUUGUUUUGGGGUCAGGGGGAGUCGGCAAAUCCGCGCUGACGGUGCAGUUCGUGACGGGCUCCUUCAUCGAGAAGUACGACCCCACGAUAGAGGAUUUCUACCGGAAGGAGAUCGAGGUGGACUCGUCACCGUCCGUGCUGGAGAUCCUCGAUACCGCAGGGACCGAGCAGUUCGCCUCCAUGAGAGACCUGUACAUCAAAAACGGCCAGGGCUUUAUUCUGGUCUACAGCUUGGUCAACCAGCAGAGCUUCCAGGACAUCAAGCCCAUGAGAGACCAGAUCAUCCGGGUGAAGAGGUACGAGAGGGUGCCUAUGAUCCUGGUGGGGAACAAGGUGGACCUGGAGGGGGAGAGAGAGGUGUCUUCCGGGGAAGGCAAGGCGCUGGCGCAGGACUGGAGCUGUCCCUUUAUGGAAACUUCCGCCAAAAAUAAAAGCUCAGUCGAUGAACUGUUUGCAGAAAUAGUCAGACAGAUGAACUACACAACAGUUCCCAGUGGUGGCGACCAGUGCUGCUCAUGUGUCCUGCUCUAAAAACAAACACCAAGACUACAUCCGGGCUGGAUUCGUGCUUCUAACUCGUCCUGCAGGCUUCUCUCUCCUCACACUGCUGUCUUAUUGUUGCACACAAAAAUCGAUGAUGACAACAAUCGAUCAUGUAUAAUAGUCUGGAAAAAAAGUGUUUACAUGACAAAGUUACUUGAAUGUUUUGGGAUUUUUUUAUAGCUUUGUAUGACACUUCUCUGGAAAUGUGCCUCAAUGGGAAUGUCUUAUUGUGAAACCUAAGAAACAUCUGCUAUUGUUUUUGUUCAUUAUAGUGGGUUUAUUUUGUAAAGUUGUAUAUUGUUACAUCCUCUGGGCUGGGUCCAUUUGUCUUGGAGCUAUCAGCGUUGUUGGAUUGGUUAUUUUUUGGGAUCUUUACGGCUUAAAUUACAGAGCAGGAAACUUGAAAGUGCUUAAAAAUCUUACGCUCUUAAACGUAUCAAUCACCACUCAAGCCUUUGCACAGGUUACUUAAAUCUGAUCAACAUAACUGACUCCACACCCGCUGUAUUUGACGCCGUCUGUGGUGGUGUGUUUCUCGACAUAUAUUUCCCCUUCUUUAAUGUGGUGAGAGAGGAUUUAUCAUGGAUCUUGCACUUAGCUGACGGUGUCUCUCCUCAGUGUGCAAACGAGGACCUUAGUGCGUUCCUGUCGCUGCAUGGGGAACGCCACAACCCCAUGGCAAGUGCCUUCCCGAGAAAAAUUCCUGUGACUGUGCCAACUGAUGAGCCCUUCUUCCUCUGCAGUGCGUCUUGAUGGCAAUCAGAACUUUUUUAAGCAGUUUUCAGCAUCUAGUUUCAUUUGGUGUCAAAGUGAGAAGAGCCCCUUCAGCGAUCGUGCCAGACCUGCUGAGUCAGGCUGUUUCUCCAGGUACUAGUCCCAACAAGAACAACCGAGUAUCUUUAAUCUACCAGGAUUUUGGUUCAGUGAAUGGCAAGCCAUGUCUGUAUUAUCUUUUCUAAUAAUGUGACAUUUUUUGACCUUUACCAUAAUUGUAAUUCUCCCUUUGGACAUAUCUUCUGCCAUCCAGCUGUCAGUUGAAAAGACUUGUAAUACAAAAAACAUUUU